AAACUUCAUCAAUUUGAUAAUCUUCCUAAACCAAGAAAUGCAACAGAAGAAGAACAAGAAGCAUUUCACAGUAAUAAAUCAUAUAAUAAUUUUCAUAUUCCUAAUAAUAUUGAUGAUUUUGAUAAAUUAAGUAGUAAGAAAAAUAGUACUUCAAAAAUGAGUAGAUUAUUCAAAGUUAGCAGCAAAAGGUUAUCCAAUAUAUUUAAAAGAAGCUCAAAAAAUGAUACUCAAAAUGAUUAUAAGAUUGGAGCAAUGCAACAGCAAACAAUGAAUCAUCAUAUUAAAGAUAAUGAUGAAGAUGAAGCACAUAACAAUCCAAAUCUUCAUUCAGAAGAGCAAGAUGAAUUGGAACUUCCUGAAGAUAUUUAGAUACACAUUAUAUAAAAUAAACAAUAUUAUUACGUCUGAUUUUUUUUCUUAUCAUAAAUUACUUAAACGUUAUCGUUAAAGAAAUCUAAAUUAUAAUUAAAAUCAUUCAAAAAUGAAGUCUAUCCCCCGAAUAUAAACAAUUCGAAGUAACUAAAAUCAUCCAAAGAGGUACUGGUGAAGGAUUUCAUAUGGAAUAAUUUUGAGAUCUAGUACGAGGGAUAUAACUUUGAUGAGUUAUUUUUUUUUUCAAGAUUCUUGGUUGUAAUCUGUUUAUUAUUUUUUUUUUUAUAU